AUGUUGGAUUUUCAAUCUACAACUGGUCAGUUGAAUCAUUUAGUGCAAAAACAUUUUCGAAAUGUUUUAUCUAUGGAUAAUGAUCCAUCAAGUGUUUUAAAAAGUCAAAUGGAAAAAGUACGAGAAAUCAUGCAAAGUAAAUCGUUAUUGAAAUGUUCUCAAUGCUCAAAAAGUUUUCAAACAAUGAAUGAUCGUUGUCGACAUUUUACCAUUGCACAUAACACAUCCAUUACGAUUUCAACUACGAUAGAAGCACAAGAAGAAUCAAAAUAUUUCUUUAUAAAAAUUUGGUAUUUUUGUGAAAAAUGUCAACAGCGUUUUCAAUGUGCUGACGCUCAUCUAAAACAUUUUCAAAUUAAACAUUCAGAAGUCAUUUUAUCCAAUAGAACUCUAGAAGAGUUUUUCCUGGAUUCCAGUAUCAUGAAAUGUUCUAAAGCAAUAUCUCCAACAUUAGUUUACAUGAUAUUAGAAUCUACUCGAAAGCAAAUUCCUGUUAGAUAUGAUACGACAAAUCAUUGUCCGUAUCAAGAAUGUCAAUUACAACUUCAAAGACUUUUGGGUACAUUUAAUUAA